AUGAAUGUCCCUUGGGCAUUGGCCACCAACCAGCCCCCGCUUCUUCCUCCUGACCCCCUUGCACCAAGCCGCCUUCGCCUUCCCUCCCCCUUCCCAUCUUUCUCCUCUCGGGCCUUCCUGUCCUUUCCUCGCGAGGUGCCCCGACACCCGGCCGACACCACGGACGCCCGUUUCUUCUCUUCGCAGGGCCCGAGCGCGGCCUCGGCCCAGGUUCGGGAUUCCCCGCAGGGCAGGACCGCCGCGGCAGUGCUCACCCCGACGGCCAAAGCCGACGCUGUUGUUCGGCAGUAUCUGCUGGAGCGCGGCUUCUCGGAUGCCCUCAAAUACUUUGACAAAGAACUGUCCACCGAUCGGGAUCUUGCCUUCUGUGGUCGACGCUUGGCCGAUCAUUUGUUGUCAUUUGUGACGGAGCUGGACUACCGUGGCCUGCUACAGGAAUGGGACGCUAUCCUCCGCCGGAUUAUGGCCUCCUCAAUGUCAGCCGGAUCGCAUGUCCGGUCGGACUCGCGCGGUCUGGGGACCAAUGUGGCCGGUGCUGGUCUUGGUGCCUCUGCUCCUGGGAAUCCACACCACUCGGGGGGCGCGCCCCUUCCCGGGGGGACUGGCAUGGCAGGCCUGUCGGCUGGCCUGAGUGCCGGCGCCACUGCCGGUCUGCAGGCCCCUUCGACCGGAGGCAACCUCAGCGGGCCGCACUCCACAGCCCUGCAUGUGCAAAACUUCAAGUUCAUUCGGGUCUGCCUUGUGCGGCUGCUACUUGUCCGGGCCAUUCGCCUGGACCAACGGUCGGUUGCGCUGGACUUCCUGUCGGCCUGUUCGGUCGAUGGAACUGGCGCCUCGUCCGGCCUCUUUGGCUUUGAGUUCAGCGGCGACGAAUGGCUACGCUGGUUUAGUCUACCGCUGAUGAAAAAUCCCCAUCUGGAUGGCUACUUCCGGGUGUACUUCUCCAAAGAGUGGGAGCAAAAAUUCAACGUUUCUCUGGUCAACUCUCUCUCAACCAUCAUGGCUUCGAUGCAGAAGCCGCAGUUGGUGGAGCUGAUCAAUCGGACGGAGAACCUCGCGACCCUGCAGGAGCACGCGGCCCUGCAGGAGGACCGCCUGCGCGCACUUCAGGCCGAGGUCACUCGGCUGCAGGGGGCUCUCGCCCAGGCUGACAGCCAGCUCCGGGAGCGCACUUCUCGGAUCAGUUCCCUGGAGCAGGAGCUUUUGGCCGUCGUUGGGAUCGCCAGUCGGCCGAUGUUGACCUCGCCAUUGACGUCGAUCAUGACCAGUCCCGACUCGGGGCUCUCUGCCAGCGGGCAAUUUGAUCCUGCGCCGGGUGUUGCGGAAAGCUCAACCGGCGCAUCGCAACCAGUGCGCCCGGGCCCCAGCACUCCGGCUCCGACUGGCGGCGUUUCCAGCACCAGUGUCACGCCGGAGCAUGUUCCCUCCGAGGGGCCUGGCUCCCUGGCCACCGGGUCCCCCUCGGGCGAAUUCUCGGCCCCUGGUGACAAUGGAUCGCGCGGAUCACCCACGGUGUCUGGCCUCACCCGCGGUCUGAUUGCCUCCCGCAGUUGCACCGGGGAGCUGAGCAAUGUGUCCUCCCCCCUGCGAGAUGAGUUCCACAUGCCGGCCUCCUCUUGCAUCGAUGUCUCACCCAUUUCCCUGAUGGCCAUGCGCUCGGAUGUCUCUUCUCUCGAUCUCCCCUCGCAAGGCUCGCCUCCCUCCGGUUCCCUGGUCACCCCCGAGCUGUCAAUUCCGUCGGUUCUCUCGGGUAGCCUGAAGACGGCUGUCCAGUUCCUGAAAUACUCGCCCGACGGGCUUAACCUCCUGAGUGCCACCGUCAAGGGCGAAGUGAACAUUCAUCGCUUUGGUCGGAUGAUCCUCUCCACCCCAACCAAGGUCUCCUCCUCGAUUGAGAGCCUUGCCUGGAUGCCCGACUCGUCCGGAAUUCUGUUCUCCCCUUCAAACACCAGUAUCUGCCAUCAGAGCAUGUCUUCGCUGUCCGGCCUGCCAACCCAGAAUGACCAGACGACACGGAUUUUCUCGCUCGACAACUCCUCUUCCACUGUGUCCUUCCUCGCUCCGAAACCAUUCUCGAGCUCGCACUGCUAUGCCAUCCUUACUUCGAGCGCUGGACCAAGUUCCCGAUCUUACCACAGUGGUGAGAUCUUGGCAUUCGAUGUGGCUUCGCAAAAGACGCUGCAUUCCAUCAAGCUGGAAAACUUUGCGACGCCGACCUGCCUGAGCUUCAACCAAAAUGGCAAUUUGAUGCUGGUCGGCGACACAACCGGCUCAGUGCACAUGUUCGACAUCCGGUCUCAGCGGUCAGCCAUCCAAGUCCUUCCGGUCAGCCUGGCGCCCAUCUCUCUGACACACUUCUCCCCGGGCGAGGUGUCCAUCAUGAGCGUCGAUCGGGAUGGACAGCUUGCGCGCAGCACCAACGGGCGGACGAUAGAAACCCCCCUGAAGUUGGGGGAUAUGGGCAACAAUCCAUGCCUUGGCCUUUUCUCCUUCAGUCCGAAUGCCGACAACCUGGCAUCCAUUCACGUUCAGGGCAAUGGCAACAUCUUCUCCACACAGGACGGACGGCUGGUGACACCGUUGCCACUUUCGGGGCAGUACUGCUCGGCGGUGGACUGGUCGCCCACAUGCGACAGCAGCCUGCGUCCGACGCUGGCCGUCGGGACGGUCAACGGCAAUGUCUUCGAGUGGGGCGAUGGCAAGUUCUAGUCCGGUGCGUCGGUGCUCGGCUUUGGGAGGCCCGGCGCGUUGACUUCUCGCAUGCCAAUGUCGAGGCCUGUGCCUCUGUUUUUGCUCAUUCUCUCGCUCUCCCGGAGUGGAGCUGCACAUCAGCAAGCGUGAGGCGGUGUUUUCUUUUUGUAAAUAUAUAUUCUUUAUGUGCUUGCACAAGCAUGCAUAUUUGUUUGUAUGUUGGAGAACCCAUGGUCAUGAUCUCUCUCCUCCCCCUUUGAGUUGUUGAGUCACAGGGGAGAGGAGGGUCAUGCCAAGAGCGGCGAGAGAGAGAGAGAGAGAGAGA